AUAAUAACUUUCACAUGUAUUUCAUUAGAAUAUUACAAUCACAUACAUCUAUGAUUACAGCUUAUGUAGUCUGUCAAUCAUAGAACAUAUGAAUUUUCUUCGUUUUAUUAACUUGCAGCUUAUGUUUUAGUAGAUUUUUGAAUCUUCUUUUUUAUAAAGAGCGUUUGAUCUAAUCAUUGUUUUGCUUUGGAGUUAUCCCAUGACACAUGAAACAAAUAUUUUGGAAAAGGGAAAGAAGAGAAUAAAAUGUAAUUUUAUAUUGAAAACACUGAAAUUGAUUGUUAGUGAAUAGACUGAAUAUUAAAUGCAUACGUUAAUUUAACAAUGUUUCUCGUAGUAUAUGAUUCAUCGUUAGAGAUUGUCUUUUAUCGUCCUUGUUGUAUUUUUAAUUACAUUUUUCACUUAUUACUAAUUGUAAAUGUUGAUUUAUAAAAAUACCUCAAGAUUCUUUAGAUAAAAAAUAAAAUGUUGAAAUAGUUUGAAAUAAGUCAACCAAAUGUAUUUUUUACCGAUGUUUCCCAACAGUUUAUAAUAAAUAAUUGCGUUAUUAUUUACUAUUUGAAUAAUAAAGAUUAUUUUGAGUAAAAAAAUGAGUUUAAUAAUAUUGCAUGGUGAAUAAGAACAAAUGAUUUGCCAACAAAAUAAUUGAAGCAGUGGUAGAGCUUUUAUGAAUAAGUAUAAGGGAAAUAUAGGAUACAAAACAUUGAAUAAAGUUUAGAAUAGCAACAAAUAUAUAACAAAUUUGAUGUAAAAUUAUUGAUGGAAUAAGAAUGAUAAUAAGUAUCAUAAGUACAUACAUACAUUUCAUAAAAUGUACUUUAUAAUCUUGAUAUGAUACUCGAAAUUAUCUAAUAUAGGUUAAAAUUACUUUCCAUACAUGUUUUUUACAAAAACAGUGGCGUUCGUCAUACUUGAAAAAUAAUGUAUACAAAAAAAACCAACAAAACGCAAACAGCAUUUAGAUACGUUGAUAGAAAAUUUUAAUCCACGUCAACGAACCACUUGUUUUUAUAGACAGGACACUUUCAGGGUCAAGGUCAUUUUUUAUUUUCGGUUUAGAGCCCUAGAUGGGCCUGCCGACAUAAAUAGGAAUUAAGAUAUACGGACAUUUUAGAUAGUACCAAUAGUAAUUUGGUUUUUAAAAUAAUUAUUUAUAUUUCCUCCAAGAAUCCAUUAAUACGAUGCAUUAAUUCUAUAUCUUUAUAAAUGUUUUUACAAGAUGGCUGCUGCAUGUCAACAAUACUCACUCGAGAUCUUGAUAAUAUUUUGGAUGUAAUGUUAUAAUAAACAAUACUUUAUUUAGAAAUUUCAAUGUAUUUGUGUCAAUAUGUACCUUAAAUAUAUAGUACUUUUAUACUUAUCACAAGUAAAAAUGUUUAAAAAAAUGAGUUAGGGUCGUAAAUAACUUUUAAAUUUCGCGCUACAAAUACAUUUUCCAGUGUUUCCUGACAGACGUCAAAUUAUUAGUCAUCCCUAGAUGGUUAAAACCAUAGACAUAGUGAUACUAGACCACGCAUUCGAUGAAAUUCAAGGUUCAAAGCUAGAACUUGAUACGGUAUAAUUAUAUCUAUCAGAUGUUAGCAGGUUUCUUUCUAAAAUUUAUACAACUUUCCAAUAUAGGAAGUAUAUUAAAUGCGCAAUGUAGUAUUACCAUGUCUAUAGCUAGAACAAUAAUAUUGUUGUGAACCAUCGAUAUAUAAGUGAUCUGUGUUUGUGUCACUGCUUUGUUUAGAAAAUGGCGUCAUCUAUAUAUUAUGAGACUUGAUUCGAAUAAUUUAAUAAACUGAUAGUUGUAACUUUGUUUUUGGGUUAUAUUCAAUUUUAUUUUCGUAUGAAACAAAAUCAUACAUAUUUAAAAGAAACUUUAAGCAGUUAUUUAUAAUAUUUGCAAAUAAAUACAUGACUUUUUUAUGUAAUUCUAUACGAUAAAUGGCAUUCUGGCAGAUAAUGUACUUUGUUAUCAUCUUUAUUAAUGCACUUUGUUUUGUAAAUAAGAGAUAUAAUAAUAAUAAGGUGGUAUUCAUAUAUACACUAUGAAUUUCUUUGUGGUGAUUCUUUUUAGAUGAUAUAAAUAUCAAUGUUCACGAAGUGUUAUUUUAUUCGUUGUUUGAAAUAAGAAAAUAACGUAAAUCUUAUAUUUAGAAAUUUAAAAAAAGUGCGCCACUGUUAAUAUCAAUAUUAUAUCUAUAAUAUGAAACUAAAUUAUGAACUUUGAUUCUUACAUAUAACUUGGAUAAGAACAGAUAAAACCUUUUUAAAUUGAAUACAAUCCGAAUAGAAUACUCUGUAUGUCCUCUCCCUGCAGACAAGUUUUUCAAUAAUAUUAACCAACAGUGAAUUGGGAAUAUUUCAAUAAGUAAAAAUACAAAGAUGAGUAGUCCUUUCAGUCUCAAUAAGAGUCCUUUGGAUGAAGAAACGCGACAAAUAGCGUUAAAUGAACUUCGGGAAACACCCGAAAAUGUGGCAAAUGGGUUGGCAGAGCUGCGAGAACUUUUGGCCAAUGACAGCUCGAUUUAUUUUAAAGAUACCGACGAAUAUUUAACUAUAUUUCUAAGACCUUGUAAAUGGUAUGCCAAAAGUGCUUACGAACUGAUGAAAAGAAUAACAGAUUUUAAAGAAAAAAACAAAGGUACUCUAAAUAAUCUGAUGCCCGAAGAUGAAAAAGAAGCCAUUACUGAGCACAACGUUGUUAAUAUAUUAACAAACUUGGAUCAUAAAGGAAGAAGAGUACUUUUAGUACACGCUGGAGAAACUUGGGAUCCUUCAAAAGUGACAUCCGACCAAAUUUUCCGUAUAUUUUAUUUGAUCCACGAGGUGGCAGUACUAGAACUGCAAACCCAAGUUAGAGGUGUGGUAGUUAUUAUGGAUUAUAACGGAAUGGGUAUGAAACAAGUUCGUGGUCUAGGACCCUCCUUCGCUCUUCUUCUACUCAGUUUCAUACAGGACGCCAUGCCUUUGAGACUCAAAGAAGUCCACAUGGUCAGAGAACCUUUCGUGUUCAAUAUGGUGUGGACCUUAUUCAAACCUUUGCUGAGGGCUAAACUUAACAAAAGGAUUUUCUUCCACGGUAAAAAGAUGUCUUCUCUGCAUAAAUAUUUAGCUCCUUCCCACCUUCCCAAGAAUUACGACGGGUUGUUACCGGAAAUAAACUACACCGGAAAAGAUUGGUUUCCAGUUUUGAAAGAACACGAAGAACAUAUAAAAUUGAUGAACUCUUUUGGGAAACGAGACAAAUGAAAAUACAAAAAAACUAUUCUUUUGAAAUAGAAUUAAAUCGUAAAAUUCGUAUUCCAUACCACACAUUCCAAAAAAAAUUAAUUUUUAAUAGCCGGAACUACCAGUAUGACAGAUGACUUGCUAUAAUUGAGUCAUCAACAAUUCAUUUUUAGGGUUAAGUUUGUUAUGAUUAAUCACGAAAUUAAAUUUGUAACUACUUUUACCAGUUGUAUUUCUAUCUACAAAAAAAAAACAAUAUUUUGUGCAAUUUUUUCCAGACCUUGUAUAUAGCUUUUUUAUAAAGUGUGUUAAUAAAAUUAAAGCAGUA